AUUUACCGCACCGACUGUGCCACACUCCUGCAGGGCAUCAUCCUCCUGUUUGGGACGCGCGUACUGGAUUACCUCCCGGUGGUUUGACACAACUGCUGUUGGCUCUAAUCGACUACUUUAUCAUGCGAGUAUAUACUUGAAAAAUCGCCUUUGUUGUAUUUUCUUUUUUUCCUGGAAGAAGAUUGUUUCAAUUCAAGCGCGACUUCAAUGCUAGACUCAGCAAAGAUGAGCAAAAACGGAAUCGUGACAAAGAUCCACACGAGGAUAAGAGCUGACCCGUUCACAGCCAAUUACGACCUGGUCGGCAGAGAACUGGGCAGGGGAAAGUUUGCGGUGGUGAAAAAGUGCAUCGAGAAGGCAACGGGGAAGCAGUAUGCUGCCAAGUUCCUGCGAAAGCGACGGAAGGGCGAGGACUGCCGCAUGGACAUCUUAAAUGAGAUCGCCGUGCUGGAGUCAGCCAAGGCAAACCCCUAUGUGGUGGCGCUGCAUGAGGUCUACGAAACCAAAAACGAAAUCAUCCUCGUUCUGGAGUGCGCUGCCGGUGGUGAAAUCUUCAACCAGUGUGUUGCCGACAACGGCGAGGCCUUCACAGAGAAAGAUGUGAUCCGGCUGGCCAAGCAGAUCCUGAGUGGAGUGGCCUUCCUGCAUCGCAACAAUGUGGUGCAUCUGGACCUGAAACCACAGAACAUCUUGUUGACCAGUGACAGACCUCUGGGGGACAUUCGCAUUGUGGACUUUGGCUUGUCCAGACGCAUGGACAAAAUCACAGAAGUCAGGGAGAUCCUGGGUACGCCAGAGUAUGUUGCACCAGAGAUCCUGAACUAUGAACCCAUUAGCACUGCGACAGACAUGUGGAGUAUCGGUGUCCUGACCUACGUCAUGCUGACGGGUGAGUCUCCCUUCCUGGGUGACAACAAGCAGGAGACAUUCCUCAACAUCUCCCAAGUCAACAUCGACUACUCGCAGGACACUUUUGAGGGGAUCUCUGCCCUGGCCGUUGACUUCAUUAAGUCCCUUCUGGUUAAAAACCCCAGGAAGAGAGCCACGGCAGAAGAAUGCCUCAACCACCCCUGGCUGAACCCACUCCCCCAUCCUCACUCCCACCCGCACCUCCACACCAGGUCGCCUUCGUCUUUGGACGAGCCGGAGACAAGCCAGUCAGAGUCGGAGCCCGAGAGCCCGGCACCCUCCCCUGAGCUGGACUUGAUCGGGUCGUACCUCACGUGCCCGGGCCAGGGUGGGUUGAAGGCGGGACGUGACGCCUUUUCCUUCACUGAGCCCCCCUUUCCCACACGGCCUGAGAUAAAGCAAGAGCUGAUCUGCUGAACGACAUUUCGCAGAGUAAAGAGACUGAAUGAGUUCAAACUCCACGGAGCAGACGCUGAAAGCCAGUGAGCCUGCAGCUUCUAGGUCUUGGUCUGACUCAGGGCCGUGCUAUAUGGAUGCUGUAUGCCUGCUGCUGGCUGCUUCUACUGCUGUGAUGUCUGUGAGCUGGGAUGUGUGUAGUUUAAUACCUCUGCAUGUGUUUGAAUAAUUCUCCGUGCUGAUUUAUGAUUGUACGGAAGGAAUGUGAGGGGAAUGAAGAUGCAGGAGAAAGGCGUGGGAGAGGAGACAAGGAUUUUGUCACAGGACUGCACUGCUGCCUUUUAAAAGUGACAGGGCUCAGCUUAACACUGUGGCUAGUUCACCCCUGCACGCACACUGGUUUCUCUUUUUACCCAAUUAGCUUUUUGAACUGGGUUUCAGAGGAGAGGCAGCCUUGGGAAAUGACUUCACUCACUGUGUGCUCUCAUCAAAACAAGUUAUGCUUCAGCUGACCCAGACAUACCUUCUGUGAUGAGUUUUGUUGAAGGAAGUUAAGGGUUUUGACAGAUGGUUGUACUUAACAAAAGAAUUAAAAAGACUGUGUCACUGUUUUAUGUUUAUUUAUGUGUGUUUGCUAUGCCACUUCACCCUCUUACAUACACAAAGCCACAUCAAUGUCUUGAGUUUAAGUUGGAAAUGGUAGCAUUCUUGUUUUUUAAGGACAAUCUUAAGCACUUUUUUAUUUUGUUAUUGGUUUUUUAGUGAGGAAACCAAAGGCUCAUCAAGUGUAGUCAGCUGUCACACAAUGUACUGUACAUAUUAACCAUUUUCUACCAUCCACUGUUUUUGUCACAUCAAUUUUGUUUUUACACAAAGUGCCACUUUUUCAACCUCACUUCUGUGUUGAUAUUACAGUUUUGUUUUGUUGGCUACUGCACAAAUUGCACAAGUUUUUUUUGUACUUAACUGCCAUCAGAUUUCAGGCUCUUCAGAUAUUGUGAAAUCAUCAGUCUUGGAAAGAGGGAAUGGCAGUGGGUUGAACGCAAUGGUUCAGUUUUAUUAUUAAAAUUGCAAUGGAUGAACAAUGACAUGGUCAACUGAAGAUUUGUAUAAAUAUGUGAUGUUUGCCUUCAGAUGCUCGGGAGAUUGGGAGGAAUUUCUCAAAAAAGUACUGAAAUGUAUAUUGUGAGUUAGUAUUAAGAUUAAUCUGUAAAGUAAUUGUUUUUACCAGUGUAUGAAUGUUAACAUCAUUAUCUUAUUUUGUACGUUAACUUUUUACUUAUUCCUGUUGUUUUCUGCUCAUGAAAUUCGGGCAGGUUUGCACUUGUCCUUGUGGACGUUAUGAUAAAAUGAAUAAAUGUUGAUGGCAUGCAUUGCAAAAUGUAACAAAGAAAAAUACAGGUGCAUUUUGUAUCAAA